AUGGACGUGUUCUACAGGCAGUACAACACUUAUCGUAUACUACUGAGUGCCUUAGGACUCUGGCCAUAUCACAAAUCGAUUUACUCAACGAUUCACAGAAUAUCGAUCUCUGUUAUUAUGCUCGCUUAUAUAGUUUUCCAGGUGUUAUGGCUUUUUAAAUCUGGUAUUACAUUUCGAGGUUGCAUCGUAACGUUAUCUGCAACCUGUCCAGUUAUGGCUUUUUUCAUGCGAUAUGUCUCUUCCGUAGCAAUAUUCCCAGUGACUAUAUAUCUUUUUGACAACCUACGCACGAUGGACACCACGCUGAAAGAUCAAGUGGAAGUUCAGAUACUGAUGAAAUACAUCGAUUAUUCCACUUCCGUAAUCUCCAUUUUCCUAUACUUAUGUUGCUCGUGGGCGUUAUUCGCAUCGUCGUAUGUUUUCGCUCCGAUAACGUUGGAUCUGCUAUCGCCUUUGGACGAACCUCGAAAACGUUAUUUUUCCCUCUUAACAACGUUUUCUCAUGACCGGAUAGAGUAUGUCGAUAUCGUAUACGUGAAUAUCCUGGUUGUUUGUACAAUUGGAUUGUUGUGUAUAGCGGGUACGGAACUCAUGUUGACUGUGUUUUCCCACUGGAUGUGCGGAAUGUUCGAGAUAACUAGCUACCGGUUGCGAAAAACAAUUGCGAGUCUAUCUUCGUCGAGACAGAUCGACACGAAUUUCAGGGACUUCCGGCACGUCGUGGACUGUCAUAGGAGUACACUACAGUUGGUACAUUCGACUAUAAUGAGUAUUCGAUGGCACAUAUCUAAGCUGAUCCUACUUUAUUUGUUCAUCGAUUGCGCAUUAUCGAAUUACAUGCUACAUUAUCUUCCGCUAUGUUCCGUGAUUGUAGUUUCUUUCUCUGUGUCUUUGCAUCGACUUUCAGAUGCUAUAACAAGUGCGAAUGAUGAAUCAGAAAUCUUCAUCUCAAGUAUAUUCGUUAUCAGUCAUAUGGUGAUUUUGUACAUAAGUCACUAUUCUGGACAAAUUAUGAUAGAUCGUAGUCUGGACGUGUUCAAGGAAUCGUACAAUUCUACAUGGUAUUGCAUGCCUGUAGAAGCACAGAAGUUGUUACUCUUUAUCAUAUGCAGGAGUUCAUCGGAGAGUGUGAUAGACAUUUUCGGAUUUUUCGCUGCUUCUCAUGUCGGUUUUUUGAAGAUGUUGAGUACGUCUUUCUCGUACUUUACCGUGAUAUGCUCAAGUCAAUAGAAUGUUUAAAGCAUCAUGGACUUAUGGUGUUGACAGCAGCGAAAUUGUUACUUGAAGUCAGAUUUCUGAUAGUCAACGUGUUUAUUCCACAUUUUAGUGAAUAACGCUGAUGCUUCUUCAAUGUGCUUUUUAAAAUACAUACACUAAGAGUUACUACUUUACCAUAGAGUUAACUGUAAUAGCUAGUAUGAUGUUGUUGCGCAUUAAUGUAGUAUAAUAUAUAGUCACUCUCUUCUUUCUUUCAAUUUUAUACUGAACGAUAUACUAUAUUUUUAAAUUAGAAACUUAAUAUCAUCUCUUCCAUGAUUUUUUUAUAUAUCUGCAUAGUAAACAUUUGGUGGUCGUUGGUCAACUACGCUAUACAAAGCUUAGCACUCACCAUUGAUUACUUCUGCAACCGAAUACAAAUUUCAAUAACUUCGUUUGUAUGCAAUCGAGCAAAUACAAUCUACAGCAACAAACAGUACUAUAAUGACAGGUGGCACAUCUUUGAUUGCGAAGUUUGAGGUAGGUAGCUCAUAAACUUCUAUUACGAAUACUAUAAUCUUCUACGAAUCUUUUCUUGCGUGUCGUGCGAAACAUUUUGAAAUUUAAUUAGCAGCAUAAUGGAACUUAAUUAUCAUGAUUACAUUGAUAAGGUUUUACAUAAAUCCGAGGAUAUACAUAGAAUCUACAAGAUUUGCUUUCUUUACAGUUUACUUUAUGUACAAUUUACAAUAUUAAUAAGCCCUGGUAUUCAGUGAAACUGAUAUGUUUGAAGGUGGCCAUUCGUUCUUUCCUUUCUCUUCAUUAUCCCAGUUCCCUAAUAAAUAUAUGUUCGCAGUAAAUACUUUGUGACAUCUCUAUACAUUCGCAGACUGGUUUCAA